CGUAACACGUUUGUAAAGUUUCUGAAGUUGUUUUGAAGUUUGUGUCGGAGUCUGCUCGUGUUGUUUCAGAGCGUGAGGUCUGUAAAGUCACAGCUGUAAAGUUUACAAAGUUUGGUAACUUUACAGAUUUAACAGCUUCAGCUCGUCUGUCUCUGUUUAACCCGAAACAAUUCAACACACCGAUACCUGCUCAGUUUGACUGACAGCUGAAGACGAUGAACGUGCCGUUGAAGAAGCACGACGGCUCUUUCCUGCCGGACAUCAGACAGAGCAGCACUCAGCACAGGGUGAAGCAGCAGAAGGAGACGCCUCAGAUUCUCUCCAAGGAAGAAACUGCACGCAUCACCAGCAGCCUGAAGCAGAACAUCUGCGUGGAGAUGCUGCAGGAAGGUUUCCACAGGUCGUACUCGGAGCUCUUCUUCCUGCUGCUCUCUGAUCAGUCUCGUCGUUCGGCUGAUUUCAGUUUAGCGGUUCAGCUUCAGACUCCUCUGGACCAGCACCAGGACAAACUGGAGACCAUCAGACGCCACCUGAGCUCAGCCGAGCAGGCGGAGAGGAGCGGUUACUGGUUGGAGGUGUGUAAGCAGCGCAUGUUUCUGGGUCGGUUCUUCUCGGCUCCGGAGGAUCGGUGGCUCAGUCUGCACUUCUACCACAGCUGUGCUGACAUCAAGCAAGGCAGCCGGCUGACUGUGGAGGCCCGAGCCUGCCUGGCUGAGAUCUACCUGCAGCAAGGUAAGCUGGAGCCGGCGAAGCAGCAGGCGGAGCUCUGCAUCAAUCAGGCGGAGUUCAGCGGGUGGAUGGACUCGGACGGUCAGCCUCUGAGGCUGCGAGCUCUCCGGGCGCUGAGCACCAUCUACACCGGGCUGGCCGCCGCGUCGCUGGACGCCGCGGACUACGACGAGGGCCUGAAGCUGCUCCACCAGAGCUGCAGCAUCGCUACCGAGUCUGAAGACAAACACAGCGAAGCUGGCGCCUCGUAUCAGCUCGGACUCGGCUAUCAGAGGGCGGGAGACCACACCGCAGCCAAACAGUUCUUCAACAGGUCCAUGCAGAUGUGCGGCACGCUGCAGGACACAGAAGGACUUGGGAAAUGCUACAAGGCGAUGGCCAAGUCUCUGCAUAGUGAGGGGAACGACGCCGAGGCCAUCCGGUUUCUGGAGAAGUUGGUCGACAUCUGCGUGAUGAUGCCGCGUCAGCUGGUGGAGGCCUUCCUGUGUCUGGGACAUGUCUACUUCACGCAGGGUCAGUACGAGAGAGCUUCUGAGUUCUUCUUGAAGAGUUAUGAACUGUCCUGUGACCUCGAUGAUGUGGCUCUGCUGCAGGAAGCUCAGGUGUGGGUGGGCAGUGCUCGCGCUCACUCCACAGUCAGAGAAUAUCUCGCUGACGACGUGGACAGAGACCGGAGGAGCUCGGGAACUGAGUAGAGACCCGACAGAUGAAAUGUCAGCACAGGAUUUCAACUCUCAACAUCCGUCAACCAGAGUGCCUGUUUAAUAUUCUGUGCAGCUCACAAACGUUGUUUAUAUUCACUGAUUAUUUACUGUCAAUAAAAAUGUUUAAGAAUAAAA